AUGAAUGCUUUUGCAAUGAUGAUUUGUUGUAGAAAAGCUAGACAAAGUUCUCCACGUUGUCCAGAGGGAAUGAGUCCAGAACGUUCACCAAUUGGUUAUGUAUUAUGCGAACUUCUACUUCCAGACCAGUGCAAACCUGGUUAUCAAUGUGUACAGUCCAAAAACGAUCCAGAACAGAGUAUUUGUUGUUCACGACCAAAAAAUGCUCGGCCAGCUGUUAAUGCACAAUAUAUUUGUCCAAAUCAACAAGUUCUUUUUCGUGAUGGGUCUGGUCCAAGGUUUUGUUCACCGUCAGCAAUUCAAUCAAACUGUCCAAAAAGCUAUUCAUGUGAGGAAGCUAUAGGGCAGCCAGGCAUUUUUGUUUGCUGUUCAAUGCCUGCACAACCUAUUUGUCCUUCCGGUUUUGAUUCUUCUUUGGAUUUACGAAGUGGAAAUCCGGUAAUUAAAUAA